GUUUGAACUAAUAAAACAAAAAAAAUGUCUAAUAAUCUCGUCAAAGAUAUCCUAAUUCAUGUGUUUAUGUUUUUCACGCGCCUAACAGUCACGUGCUAUACGUACCUGACAUUACCGGUAUAUUAUAUCGUACAGAAACCGGCCAAACAACGGACAAUAGCAGCCAAUUGUGGCGGACAUCGAUCGGAUCCAACCGAUCCCGACUCUCAAUGGGUACGCAAUGUUGAUCUACCCUAUCAUCCGCUGAUGGAUUGUUGUACAAUAGCCGAUGCUUUUGAUAAAGUCCGCGAACUGUAUCCGCUGGACAAACAAGCCAUUGGCUAUCGUGAUGUGUUGGCCGAAGAGAUUCAAAUGGACAGCGAGGGUCGGCCAAUAAAAAUUGACGGCAAAGUACUGCGAAAGUAUCGGCUAAGUGACUACAAGUGGAUGACAUUGGGUGAAGUCAGCCAACGCAUUGACAACAUAUCGCGCGGACUUAUGGCCACUGGUAUCCGUACUGCCGAUCGGGUGGCCAUCUAUUCCGAGACAAGUGCACAGUAUUUCCUGAUGUCAGCAGCUAUCGGCCGUAUGGGUGCCGUAGCGGUCACUGUGUUUCAUACGCUCAGCGACGACGGUGUUGUACAUGCACUCAAUGAAACAGAAGUCAAAUAUUUGGUGACCAGUUAUGAACUAAUUAAACGAUUGGCCGGACUAUCCGAUAGGUUACCCAAAGUCGAGACUAUUAUCUAUUUUGAAGGUCCAACAGGUGAACAAAACUACAGUUUUCCGCCCGAAAUCAAAGUGCUAGCACUGAGUUCGGUAGAAAAUGCUGGCCAACAAUCGGGACAAAACUUUACAUUCAAACCGUUGGACCCGAAACACGAAUGUCUGAUUAUGUACACAAGCGGUACCAGUGGCCUACCCAAGGGUGUUAUAGCCACACAGGCCCAGCUCAAAGAGGCCUGUAUGGCCAUGGCUACAGUGGUCAGAGAUAUAAUGAUGGACGGUCCACGACAUACCUACAUAGCCUACCUGCCCCAGGCACACAUACUUGAGGCAACCAUCGAGUUAUUCCUAUUUCUCGGUGGUGUCAAAAUAGGUUUCGGCACACCGUUUACACUGAACGAAACGGCACCGGGUCUGGCACCGGGAACUACCAGUGACAUACAGCUACUGAAGCCGACAAUUAUGACUACUGUUCCUCUAGUACUCGAUCGUAUACGCAAAGAAAUGUAUGCUAAACUAGCAUCACGUACACCGGUGUCAACUCAUAUAUUUAACUAUCUAAUUAACUAUAAGUCCCAUUGGAUUCAAAAAGGAUACAAUACACCCAUAGUUAACACAUUACUGUGCGGUAAGGUUAGAGAGCAAUUGGGCGGUCGACUAGAGUAUAUGGUGGUGGGCAGUGCACCCCUGUCCCAGCAAUUGCAAUCACUGAUCAAAUGCUCAGUUAAUGUCAAGCUUAUACAAGGAUAUGGAACUACCGAAACUUGCGGCGCCGUUCUCUGUAUGGACUUUGACGACCUAUCCUAUGGACGAGUGGGCGGACCCUUGAAUGGCGUCCGAAUCAAACUGAAAGACUGGGCAGAGGGUGGCUAUUCAGUGGCCGAUAAGCCGCACCCGAGAGGCGAGAUAGUGGUCGGCGGACAUAUGAUAACCAAUGGCUACUUUAAGCUGCGAUCGUUGAACGACCAGAGCUUUUAUACCGACAGUGACGGCUUGCGAUGGUUUAUGACCGGCGAUAUCGGCGAAAUCUAUACCGACGGCACCGUCAGGAUUAUUGACCGCAAAAAAGAUUUAAUCAAACUAUCAAACGGAGAGUUUGUUUCAUUAGGCAAAAUCGAGGCAUGCCUUAAAAACGACCCGUUCAUCGAUAACGCGUGUGUUGUCGGCGAUGCCAUUGUUGACCGAUUGGUAGCUCUCAUACAGCCCAACCCUCAGGCACUGUCCAAACUGUGCCGACAGCUGAACAUCGGUGACGACGAUAGUACAGCACUGGACGAGAUCUGUGCAAACAGUCUGGUCGUCAAACAUAUACAUCAGUCACUGAUAGAGACAUCAUACGGACAGGGACUUAAUCGUAGGGAAAUACCUACAAUGAUCACUGUUUGUCAUCAGCCGUGGACACCUGAUAAUGGCCUGUUGACGGGUGCCAUGAAAUUAAAACGGGUGCCAAUUAUGGACAAACAUCGUAAAGAUAUUGAUGCCAUGUUUGCCGUUAUCAAAGGUGCCGUCAAAUUAGCCAAAAUCAAUAAUAUGUAAUUAAUCUAAAAAUUAAUAUUAAAUAUU